CCCUCCCCUCAAACCCCCAAGACCUGUCAGCUUUAUGUGAACCUCAUAUUCUCCAGACCUACAUCACCGUUGUGUAUUUACGCCCAUUUGGAUGUAAAAAAGUGACAUAUGCAGUGCUCCAGAGAGAGGAGAUGACAGCAAAGAGGGUUGACAUGGCCGCCCCAGACAAUCUGCUCUUCUUGCACUCGGAUGCUGUCAACUCUUCGCUCGCUUCAGUGCCCAUGGAGCAAAAUGAGCCCACUCAUGUCUCGGACAACCAGACAGACGACAGCUUCAGUUCGAUGCCUGAUCCACACACUAAUACAGCCUUUGAAAGCACAGGAUUAAUGCCAGUCCCAUGCCAAGACGAGACCAUGGCGAUGCAUAGUCAACACAAUUACAAUGAAGGAGAAAAUGAAAGUAGUUUAGUCUCAACGCAGCACAUGGAUCACACCGCACUGACUGAAAUGACUAUAAAUGAUGAGAAAAGUGAUAACUGUGACUUUGAUACAAGUGGUGAAAUGGAGAAUGACAACAGCACAAACCUGAACCCUGACCUAAUUCACCAAGUAGUCACGGACAGUGUGAUGGAGAGAAAUCUAAAUGACAAACAAACUGACUUAAACCAUAAGAAUGAGACUUAUGGGUCUUUAAUGAGUCCAGAAGUUUCAUUACUAAAAGAAAACAAUAAACAAGAAGAAACGAGCCAAGAGACCAUUUUACAUCAAUAUUCUUCUUCUGAGUGCAGUGGAAUAGAGAAUAGCCAAACGGCCAAUGAUGUCAUGGUAAAUGCUGUCUCUGAUGCAAUAAAUAGUGAGCAAAGCCCUGACCAGCCAUUCUCAAUUGCAAGUAAUGACACUGAUAAAACCACCUCAGAGUGCUCCAUUCAGACCUGCUGGGAUACAGUGGAAUCUGUAGCUACUUCUAAAACCCAACCAGAAAUGCAUGACGUUGUGAAAGACGUGAUGUAUGAGAGCUUUACAACCUCUCAGACACUAAGCAUAGAAGAUCUAAACACUGACAUUUCAGUAUGUUUGGCAGAUUUGCCUGAAACAGACAGUCUAAACAUCUUAACACCUGCCUCCACAUUAUUAGGUAGUUUGGGGAAGAACAACAAUGUCUUGGAAACAGCUGAUGUGCCCAUAAAUAACAGCGAGAUGGUUCAGUCUAUAAAUAAAGACUUGGCUACUCCAAAUGCAGAGAUUUCUAACACUGUUUUGACUCAAAUGGAUCAGAAUUGCCUUCUUGUUAUGAACCACGAUGUAAAGGUAUUAGAAUUUAACAGAACUGACGCUGUUGUAGACCAGUGUGUGUCCUCUGAAAAUAUUGGACUAGAGGUAAGUCAAGCAGCAAGUGACGAUGAAGACCUGAACAGCAGUGUGCAAAGCCAUGACCAACAGUUGUCAACAGCAAACAGUGGGAUUGAGGAAACUUCCUCUGAAUUUCACACCCAGACCUGCCAGGAUAUACAUGAAGGUGUUAUUAUAGCAGAGGAAGCGAUGACUGGCUAUAAUACUCUUCCAGAAAUGCAUGACAUUGCAGAUGUCACAACUUCUCAGACACCAAAGAUGGAAGACCCAAAAAUGGAAGACCCAAAGAUUGAUGUUCCUACAUAUUUGCCUGAUUUGCACAAAGCAGACACUCCAAAUAACAACUCAAUAACAACUGCCUCCACAGUAUCAGAUCCUUUGGAGACGGAUGACAUUGCCUUUGAAACAGCUGAUGUGCCAGUCAGUGACAGUGAGAUGAUUCAGGCUGUAACAUUGAAAACUGUGACUCCCUAUGAAACCCUCCUAGUGAUGCAUGACAUUGCAGAGGACUUGACAUGUUGUGAUUUCACAACCUCUGCAAUUGAAGGGCUGGAGAUUAGCCUUUCUCUUUCUUUGGAUGAUUUGCAUGAAUCAAAUACUCCAAACAUCUUACAGCAUACCUCUGCAAUAUUAGAUUCUUUGGGGAUGAACAACAAUUUUUUGGAAACAGCUGAUGUGCCAUUCAGUGACUGUGAGAUGAUUCAGACUGUAACAUUGGAAACUGUGACUACCUUUGAAACCAUCCCAGUGAUGCAUGACAUUGCAGAGGACUUGACAUGUUGUGACUUCACAACCUCUGCAAUACCAAAGAGAGAAGAGCCGGUGACUAUCCAUUCUCUUUCUUUGGAUGAUUUGCAUGAAGCAAACACUCCAAACAUCUUACAGCAUGCCUCUGUAUUAUUAGAUUCUUUGGGGAUGAACAACAAUGUCUUGGAAACAGCUGAUGUGCCAGUCAGUGACAGUGAGAUCAUUCAUACUGUAAAUAAAGACUUGGAUUCCUCAAGUGUUGAGAUUUGCACUGUCAUUUUAACCCAAACAGAUCCGAAAGAUCUACAAGAUCCAGACCAUGAAGGAAUGGAAACAGAAUUUAACAGAAUCAUUGAUAGAAUGAUUGAUACAGAAUUCUCAUUAGACGUCAGUAAGUUGCAACCAUUGCUGGCUUGUAGCAAUGAUCCAAGUGGAACUGUUAUUCAUUCUGAGUCACUUUUCUCCCAGUCCAUACCAGAUACUCCCCAGAUUGGUGAAAAAUAUGAGAAGGAUCUCUCACAAGUGAUCCAUAUUCCAACACCUGUCACAAAUGAAGAUUUAGGGAACUGCUCUGAGGAGAUCGAUGAUGCUUGCUUAAAGUUCACAGGAACAGAACGUGAUGUUGAGGGUGAUAGCGAGUUGUGGCUGGAACCUAGCCAGUUCUUGGCAGGUGAAGAAGAUGAGGGUGCUAUUUUUGACAAGUGGGGUCGUUCAUGUUCUCCCAGCCCCCCCACAGCCCAUCCAGACAACACAAAAGCCUCGGAUUACACCAGGAGAGAGAACAUUUCAAUUGACCACAACGCUGAGGACUGGGAGCUAACAUUUCCACCUGUUGAGAGGUGGUCAUCCUCAGACAGCUGGGCUAGUGCACUUUCAGAUUGGUUUCAAGCGGUUAACACCUAUCCAGAAGACUCUUUCAAUUUGAAAACUACUUCUAAGCUCGGUAUGGCAAUCCAGGAUAACAUUGUGGAGCAAGGGACGAGUUCCAAUAAUGCAAACAACGUUGAACAGACAUGCCUGUCCCUGAACCUCCUAGAACCAGAUGAACCAGGUCAAGCCUUGGGAAGAGGACUAGUCAAGUCAGAUAACACUAAUGGAACUCUUUUUAAACAAGGAGAUAAAGAGAGACUUGGUUCUCGUUCAGACAUGGACAAAGAUACAACAAUGGAGGGCCAAAUGAGUUUGUUGGAGACGUCGACUCGGUCUGAAUCCCAUAAAGCAGAUAAUAAUGCAGUGACUGAAACUUUUAAUGCAUCUUCGGCUCAUGAGUUCAAUGCCAAACUACACGGAUGUCAGGAUAUCUCUGGAGAGCUUUUGAGUGCAAAGCUGGAGGGGAAUGUGCUGGUGGAGGUGACUGGAGACAAAGUUUACCAACUCGGGUUGGUCUUCGAGGAGGAACGUCAAAGCAGUUUUCCUUCUCCGAGGAGCUCAGCUUACACCAGAGACAAGAAUUCAACUGGCUGUGUGAGCAACGAAGAAAGGAGGCACAGCUCUGAUGUGCAUCUCUGCAUAUGUCCCACUCAAUCGGACAGUCACGUGUCUUCUAAGCCAAGACAUGCUGAAGGAAAUGGAUCAUUUCUGCAUUCUUACAUUGGGGACUGUACCGUAAAGCCAUAUGUGGAAGAAAAUAUUCCACAGUUUAUUAUGCCAUUUGCACCACUUUGUACUGGAAAUACUUUCCUGCAUCAUAGUUUUUUGAAAGAGGACAGAUCACAGGCUGAUCUAGAUCUUCCUGAUGAAAAGAUUAUUAACAAAAUUAACUUUAAGAGUAAUAAAAACUCAAGCAGCAGUGACGAUUCUUCUGAAGAUCAUUUUCAUACAUGUCCUGACCAGUCUUUAUCUUCAUCCUCUGGAGAUUCGGAUGAUCCUUCCAUCAAGGAUACUAGUAGGAAACCAGCAUACAGUGAUACAUGUGACAUCAGCAAAGAGCUUUCUAAGUUACUUUUACUCACCGGAGAGCGCUUUAUGGUGUCUGAGGACAAACGCAUUGCAUAUGUCACUCUAGACUUGGACGAAUCCCAACAUUUUUCCUUGUCAAACUGUGAAAAGCAAUCUAAACCAGACAAUAUGCCCCAUAAGACCUCCAAGACUUCCUCAGAUGGUAAAAUGCGCUCUAAACAUAAGGAGAAACCAGAUGACAAGCAUCAACAUGGGAUUCAAGCAUCAAAAAAGCAAGAUCUUCAGCCUCAAUCUCUGAAAAAUGAAGGAGCUGGUUGUGAAGAUUUUCCAGUUGCUGUUAUUGAAACCAUCGUCAUCACAGAGAAGAUCGUUCCUAAAACUCAAGGGAAGAAGAAAAAGAAGCAUGUGCAACACGGGACACCAAAAGCUGAGAAUGAUGCACCAACUGAUGUAAGGAGUGAAAGCAGACAGAAGAACGUAAAUGGCAAGGCUGAGAACCUUGAACUAAAAGUGGCAUCAAAUGGUCUGAAUAAACCAGCAUCUCAUCCUUCAGCCAAAACGGACAUUACUAAAAAAGACAGCACUCAGAAAGCCAUGUCAGUGAGACCUAAAGUAGAACCCAGCGUGGCCAAGAUGGAUCCAGCCGGUGUAAAUGCCACUCAGAAAUCCAGCCCUAUUAAACUCAAAGUAGACACCAGUAACACAGCCAAGACGGAAAAUAAGACGUGCACCUCAGAUUCUUUGAGCACAUGUUUACCCAGCAUGCUGAAUGAUGACAUUAAACGCAGGCGAAUCGCAGACAACCUGUCUGGAGCAGUUCCGAUAAGAACGAGGCCACAGCUGCCUGCCAUUUUCCGCCAAGCAAGGAAAGAUGGAGAAGAUGUAACCCGGAGAGCAUACAGCGAGGUUGUCAAGCAGAAGAGCUCAACGCCCAAAGAAGUUGUGGUUCCACGUGUAGUCUCCGAGAUCCAGGCUAAUCCAGUUCCUGCUGACCCCCAAAACAUCUCACUUUGGUGCCAGUUCAGCCCCGUUCCACCUAAUGCCACUAUUAAGUGGACUAAAGAGGCAGCAGUUCUGUCAGAGAUAAACAAAGUAGAGGAGGAUGGGCGCUUCACACUGACCAUUAUAAAAGCUUGCAGUAAAGAUCUAGGCUUUUACAGAUGCAGUCUGAACGCUGCCAACAUUUCUGUUUCGACCUCUGAGUACCAUCUCACAUCUGAGGUUCUGAUGGAACUAGUCAUUCCAAGUCAUGAUCAACCAGCUGAGCCCAGAGUUAUGGAUGGGGAUGAAGAGAACAUCCAGUGCAGUCCGCUGCUCUUUAAGGAGGAUUUUUUGUCAGAUCAGUAUUUUGGAAGGAAUCAGCCUGCCAGCAUCCUGACUGAAAAGGUCCACUUUGGUGAAGGCAUGCACAGAAAGGCCUUCAGGACCACUCUUACAGAAGGCAAUCUGCCACGCUUCAGACCCGGCCACCCAUGUGUCCUGAAAGUCCACAACUCAAUCAGCUACGGGACCAAAAAUAACGAGGAGCUCGUUCAGAAGAACUAUAGUCUGGCUGUGGAGGAAUGUCAUGUGCAGAAUACAGCCAGGGAGUAUAUUAAAGCGUACAAUAGUGUGGCCAAAUCUGCAGAAUCAUUUGGAGAUGUGCCAGAAAUCAUCCCUAUUUACCUGGUUCACCGGCCGUCGAAUGACAUCCCUUAUGCUACGCUGGAGGAGGAGCUGCUGGGAGAUUUUGUGAAGUACUCAGUGAAGGACGGGAAGGAGAUCAACCUGAUGCGCAGAGACUCAGAAGCUGGGCAGAAAUGCUGUGCCUUUCAGCAUUGGGUUUAUACACAGACAGAGGGCAACCUGCUGGUCACAGACAUGCAGGGUGUGGGCAUGAAACUGACAGAUGUUGGAAUUGCCACCUGUAAGAAAGGCUAUAAGGGAUUCAGAGGAAACUGUGCCACAUCCUUCAUUGAUCAGUUCAAAGCUCUUCAUCAGUGUAACAGGUACUGUGAGUUACUGGGCCUUGUGUCCCUUCAGCCCAAGCCCAAACGGACCGUCGUCCCACCAAAGCCCAAAUCACAACCUGUGUCAAAGAAGAAAACCUUCGGGCCCGUUCUGAAUGCCAAAUCCUGAUUGCACAGAAACCCUGAACUUUUUCUUGUAAGCUUAAUAGGUGUUUGAAGAUUUUAAUAAUGAAGUCUUGCUCAGGGACAAACAUGUUUCUGAGCUGUUUCUUAAAAGGUAAGAUGACAUUCAUCUGUAAGGACAGUAGGGAGUUUACUUCUUUCUUGAGAGUUCUUUUGUGCUAUUUUAAAUGAGCGUAUUCUUUUUUUUAAAUGUUUUUUAAGAGUAGAUUCUGACAGAAUUUAUAUUAAAUGUUAAUGACUAUAUUUUUUUUUGUUGGUUGUUAAAACCGAGAGAAUAAUGGAGGUUAAAAGUCUGUUUUGUUUUCCUGGUUUGUUUUGAAAGUUCAGAAUUUUUCCAGUGGUGCUGCCAUCUGCUUCUUUAUUAUUAGCCCACUGGAAUUUUUGUUUUAUAGACAAGCCAAAGUAACAACAACAAAAAAAGUUGGAAAUGUUUCAUGUUAUUUUUCACGCUACAAUGGGGAAAAAAAUAAGUCACCAUUUUUCUCAGAAAACAUAUUUUUAAAGGUGCCGUUGACUUGAAAUUUUCCCCAGAUGUUGGUAACAACCAAAAACAAAUCCAUACAUGCAAAGAAAACUAAACGAAUUAGUUUACAAAUUAAGCUAGGCAUAAUAAAAUGAAAUGACGCAGGGAAAAAUGAUUGAACACAUGAAGAAAGGGAGGUGUAGAAAGCAGUGAAAGCCCAGACUGCAGCUGAAAUCUCUCAGUGGUUCUUCAGCAACCGUCUGCACUUCCUCAUUGUAAAUGAAUAUUAGCUGCUUCAGGCCAACAUCUGCAUUAGCAGGAGGAUGAUGAAUCCAGGAUGGACAUUUUAGCAAGACAAUGGCUGUUUCUCAAUAUGCGUUCUUCAGUGUUCUUGCGUCCUGGUAUUCUCGUGUAAUGUCAUCAAUAUUCAGUUCCAAAACUCAAGACUGCAAGAACGGAGGAUGUGUGAAAGUUCCCGGAUGUGUUCUUGGUUUCGAGGACACACCGAUGCAGACUUGAGCACCAAACUUGCUUUAGAAGUCAUUGUGACUAGAGGUGGGAAGCACAGCAUUUUAUAUAGGUUUAUUAUUAAAGUUCAGAGAUUUAACUUAUUAACCCCAGGAGUUUCCCUGAAUGAGACGGUGAAUAUAAACAUUAACAUGAAAAUUAUAAUAAAGACAUAAACACAUUAGGGGUGUUUAUUUGCUGUAAUUCAUAAUAAAAUAUGUUUAAUUUGUGUUGUGCAACGUAUAUUUGUAAAGUCUAUAUGCAUAGUGUAUAUAUAUAUAU